CUAUUUUUAUAGUGGUGGUUUUACCUCUGUAAAGAGGGUUUUUUCCGGUUUCAAUAAUCUUUGGUCUCAUCUCUAUUUUUUCGACUUGCGGUUUCUUUGUUCUUCGAUCGACAACUAAUUUGUUCCUUUCGUUGCGUGGGAAGUUUUGUGCUAAAUUUCCCAACAAAGUGGUAUCAAAGCUUUCGGGUUAGGUUCUGGUGGUUCUAGUAGUUUUCGAGGAUGUUGAGUUCGGGUUCGGGGUCUCACUUUGUCGUGCCUAAGUUCGAUGGAAAGAGUAGCUUCACUCUUUGGCAAAGAAGGAUGAAGGAUUUCCUUGUGCAUUUGGGUUUGUCUAGAGCCCUUAAAGGAGAUGAGGCGAAGCCGGAGAAAAUGAGUGACAAUGAUUGGCAGGAGUUGUGCGAGAAGUGUGUCAGUACCAUCCGGUUGUGCAUUGCAGACUCUGUCGUUAAUUGUGUUAUUGACGAGGAGUCUCCGGUGGCGAUAUGGGAGAAGUUGGAAAAGCUGUACAUGGCAAAAAGCUUGACCAACAAGCUUCUUUUGAAGAGGCGGUUGUAUCGGUUGCAGAUGGAGGAUGAGGACACCUUGGUUGGACACAUGAAUGUGUUCAAUGGUUUAAUAGACGAGCUGAAACAGGUUGAUGUUAAAAUCAGUGAGGAGGAUCAGGCAUUGCUUCUCCUUAAUUCUCUCCCAGUUUCCUAUGAGGUUUAUGCGGAUACCAUAUUGUGCGGCAAGGACACGAUUAGCUUGGAGCAGGCACAAUUAGCUUUCUUGUCGUUUGAUGCAAGGAGGAAAGACAAAGCUGGGGUGCGGAGUGACGAUGCAGUCGCAGCAAUUGCUCAUGGUGGUGGGAGAGGUCGUUCGUCUAUUAGGGACUACAAAUCAAAGCACGGAAGGUCUAAGUCCCAGAACGCACCUAAGAACGAGGUGCGUUGUUACAAGUGUGGCGAGCUCGGGGAUAUUAGGAGGGAUUGUCCUAAGAAGCGUGAGGGGAAAAAUGAUGCCAACUUGGUUCGAGAUGGAGAGACUGGUAGUAGUUCUCUCGGAAAUGAAAGUGACGAGUUGUUCAUGGUCGCUAACGGUUAUGAUGAAGCUUCCGGCAAUGAUUGGGUGCUUGAUUCUGCAUGUGUGAGUCACAUAUGCUCAAGGAAGGAACAUUUUGAGACACUUCAGGAAGGCAUGACUAAGAUUUUGAGGUUAGCGGAUAACUCGACGGUGGCGGUCAUGGGUGUUGGAGUGGUGAAAAUGAAAAUGUUCAAUGGGGUGGUGAGGACUUUGGGUAAUGUGGCGUACGUUCCCAAGUUGCGGCGGAAUCUCAUCUCACUUAGUCAAUUGGACUCCGAGGGGUACGAGUACAAGGCUCGCGGGGGAGUUGUUAGAGUGACUAAGGGUAGCACAAUUGUGAUCAAGGGGGAGCUAGAUCACGGUUUGUAUCGUAUGGUGGGUCAUACGGCUAAAAGCGGCUCAAAUCAUAAAAGUAGUCGUCGUGUCUCGUUCGUGGAUGAGGCGACAAUGGUUCAUGGCUUCUAGGUUCUUGCCGAACACACUUGGGCUCGAGGGGGAGAUUGUUGGGACUAUUUCCCAAAAUUUGUCCAGUCCAAGUUGUUUUUUUAAGGUGCAUGAAUUAGCAUUUGGAAAGACAAAUGUGGUGAUUGGGAGUUAUUACAUUUGGGAGGCUCUUCAUUUGUCUUACGUGGGAGCUUGGCUUUAAUUUAAUGUUUUUUCUUUUAUAUUUAAAGCCUUACAUAGGCUUUGGAAAAAGGUGUGGUGGGGCUGGCACGAGCAAGAGAAAAGAAAGAAAAAAAAUUCUAGCCAUGU